AAAAAGUAAGAUAAACAAUCGUUGAAGAGUUCUCGAGUCUUGACAGACACAUCCCCUCACCUAUAAGGAAAUGAAUGUGCUUGAGGAGGAACAAACUGCUUUUGAGAUUGGGGUUGUGGUUCCAAAGAGAGAUGUGAAGGAAGAAGAUAAAGCUUCUGACUGUGUGGAGGUGUUGGUAGAUGAGUUUAGAAAUUUGGGUUUGGUAGUUGAGAGAGUGCAUGGCGUUGUUGAUGAGUUUAUCAAGUUGGCAGCACCUUUGGAAACACUGGGGAGGGCUGCAGCUGAAUUGCAUAUUAAAAAACGAACUCCUAUUGGGAUGGAUUUAGAAUUUGAAUGGGAGGAGGUUGAUGCUUUUGAGAGACAGCCUGAUGGUUCUUUGUUCAGUUGGUGUGAGCGUUUUCGCUGCUAUAGGCACUUAAUAUAUGGAAUUAUUAACAAGAGUCAGUCAAGUGUAACAUUAAGAUUUGACGGCAAAGAAUUCCAAUGGGAAGUCGGGGAGUUUUUACUUCAGAAAUUGGAGUCAGAGAGGAUCGUCAAAGAAGUGUUUCCUUUGCAUGAUGAAAUAAAAAGGAAGGAGCUCCUUCAGACGUGGGCACUACACUGGUGGGACUUCACAAACCAGCCAAUAGAUGAGAUUUAUUCCUAUUUUGGAACAAAAAUUGCCAUCUAUUUUGCUUUCCUUGGAAUGUACACUCGGUGGCUGCUCUUUCCAGCUGCAUUUGGGCUUAUUUUGCACAUGUUUGAUUUUGGGUCAUUGCAGUUACUGGUGCUCCCCAUUUUCUUCAUAAGCAUAAUAUUGUGGGCUAUAAUGUUUUCCCAGUUCUGGAAACGUAAAAACAAUGCCCUUUUAGCCAGAUGGAAGAUUCGUUACCCAAUUAGAGCUGACCUGGGAUAUAGGCAGGGCAUGGAGUGGAGUUCCUCACAGUCUCUUGAAAUCGCAAAAAAAUGGGGGACUGACAAAGCUAAAGAGAAAGAAAUGUUCCAAAGAAUUGAGUGGUUUGGACGACUCAUGAGAUUCCGAAAUGAUGCUAUCAUUAUCUUCAGUAUUAUAUGCCUCCAGUUACCGUUUGAACUAGCGUAUGCUCAUAUUUACGAGGUUAUUGGGUCUGAUAUUAUGAAGUUUGGGUUGACUACCAUUUAUCUUUUUGCCAUUCAGUUCCUUACACAGAUUGGGGGCAAGAUCUCCGUCAAGCUCAUUAAGUAUGAAAAUAAUGAAAACACAGAAAAAAAAGCUGACAGCUUGGUCUACAAGGUGUUUGGUCUUUAUUUCAUGCAGUCAUAUAUAGGAGUUUUCUACCAUGCCCUUUUGCACCGCAACUUUUCAACACUCCGCAAAGUCUUGAUUCAACGCCUCCUUGUGUCUCAGGUGUUGGAAAACUUGUUGGAAAAUACUUUGCCAUAUCUCAAGUACAGUUACAAGAAAUAUAGAGUUCGAAGCAAGAAAAAAAGUGAAAAAGGUUCAUCAACUGGGAAGAUCCAGUUUGCUUCUAGGGUAGAAAAAGAGUACCUGAAGCCUUCUUAUUCCGCAAGCAUUGGCAUGGAACUUGAAGAUGGGUUGUUUGAUGACUUUCUGGAGGUUGCAUUGCAGUUUGGAAUGAUAAUGAUGUUUGCUUGCGCAUUCCCCCUUGCUUUUGCUUUUGCAGCUUUGAACAACAUCACCGAAAUUAGGGCGGAUGCAUUGAAGCUUCUUGCCAUGUUGAGAAGACCAACUCCUCGUUUUUCCACAACAAUUGGAGCUUGGCUGAACAUAUUUCAGUUUCUCGUCGUUAUGUCUAUAUGCACCAACUGUGCGCUUCUAGUAUGGUUAUAUGAUGAAGAGGGCAAAUGGAAGAUAGAGCCUGGCCUGGCUGCAAUUCUGGUUAUGGAACAUGUCCUCUUGUUGAUUAAGUUUGGAUUCUCCCGCUUUGUUCCCGAGGAACCGGCUUGGGUGAAGGCUGACCGUGUGAAAGAUGCAACAACGGCUGAGAACAUGUGCUCUAAACAGCUUUUGAGGAGCAUUUCUGGUGAGAGGGCAACAUUUGGUGAACUUAAAAAGUCACAAUAAGGUCAGGGAGUUGAGGUUUUAUCAUUGCUGUCUUCUUAUUAGUUAGAAACUAAGCCACAAAUAGGCUUUCUAGAGUUGAGCUGCAGUAGCACAAAAAUUUUGGUUUCGUUUUUGUUUGUUCUUUUGGUGGGUUGUAAUGGUUUUGUAAGUAGAUGUAUAGUACUGGCUAUAAUUUCUUUUUCCUUGGAUGGUUUAAAUUCCAAUUUCAACUAAAUAUAACAGAAAUGUGCAAAAAAAUUGUUUUUGCUUUUUGUGAGUAUUAACAAAGGGCGCAUUUACAUGCAAGGACCAAUCAAUCUAUCAUUUCUUGAUCUCCUAUGUACGUUUAUCAGCAUGGAAAAUUGAGUUGCAAUUCAAGUAACUCCAUCAUUUUGAUCUUCACUAUGUUCAAAGCACAACUACUUCCAUUAGGCACUUACAGUUAGGCGUGUGAUCGGUCAGCCACGAGUGCCUCCGAAGCGGCCGCUGACUUGGCGGGCGUAAGCAACAACAGCCUUAGCCCACCUCCUGAUCCCAGACUUCAACUUCUCCGAAUCCAUGUCCUUGAGUGAUUUUCCUUGUUCUGUUGAAAUUUCCAUGAAAGAAAAACAUCGAUCAAACCGCCCGCGCUUUGCUGUAACUACAUCACCGCCGUUCCCACCAUUGUUUAGAGAAUAACUCUUCUUAGUCUUCUUCGUAGAUGCACCACCCUUCCCAGCUCCGCCAUCGUUGAGAGAGAGACUCUUCUUGACAGACAUGGUUUCUGGGUUUGGUUGGCUGAGAAAUGAAUGGUUGAAAAGUGAUGCAAUAGUUGCUAGAAAA